GGUCAAAGCACUCAAAUCAGUCAAACUGAAAACAGGCGCCUAAUUUUAACGGUCUUUAUUUGUUGUAUUGUUAGUUUUAAGUUUAUUUUUUCGAAAUUUGUUAAUUUUAUUGUGAAAACGUUGUCUGUUGUGAUUAGUAUAGUAAUAAAUCGUCAAAUAUGUCUUUUAGCAAAGCUAGAUUGAUUCGGUUCAACGAUGUCGUUGAAAAUUUGCCUGCCAACUUCACCAAAAGCACCGAAAAGACAAAAAAGGCAGCUCGAGACAGUCCUGCCACAUCGGAAAAUGGCUCUGCGAAAAGUGUACCCGCAAAUUUUAAAACGCCAACCUUACUGAGAAAAAUCAAGACUGCAUGCUCAAGCACCAAACUGAAACCAAAGGAAUUAUUCAGCAUUGAUUUUGAGGCACUCAAAGAAAAAAACGAAGAAUGCGAAAACAAAACCAAGUUCAUUCACAAACUUUCCGAAGAGCUGGAAAUUUGCAAAACAAAAUUAAAAAACUUAACAACUGAAAAAGAACAAUUGGAAAGAGAACACCAAAACGAGUUACAAAAUUUGGAAUUGGAAAUGCUCCAAACGAUGACCAAAUUGCAGAAUCAGGAAGAAAACACUCAAAUUAAAUUACAGGAAAUCGAAGAAAAAUUACAAAAGGAAAUUGAAAAAAUUAAAAAAAAUAACGAAUAUCAAAUGGGACAAGUAAUUUUGGACUACGAAAUUAAAAUAAAAGAUUACAAUGAAGCUAAUGAGGAGGUGUUGAAGAAUAAACUGCACGAAAUUGAAAAAAUGUGGCAAGCAAAACUGGAAAACAAGGAAAAAGAGCACGAAGCUAUUUUAAAAGAAUGCCAAGACAUUAGCGAGUACAGUAUAAUAGAGUGUGAAUUAGAAAAAAAACAGAUUCAAAGGUCUUUGGAAGAAACGACAAAUCUUUAUAAAGAACUUGAAAAGAAAUAUAAUGAAAAAUUUAAUCAAAAAAUUGACACAAAUUCCGAAACUGAGUUGAACGCAAAAAUUGAAUCUUUAAAUACAAUGCUGAAGAAAAGUAAUGAAGAAGUGAAAAAAUUAAAGGCGCAAAUAAAAGCCUACGAAAUGACGAUUAAUAAUUCACAAAUGGCCAUUGAAGUAAUGAAGAAGAGACUAAUUGAAUCAGAUCGGGGUGUGGAACAACUUAAACAAGAAUUGACUGAUUGCGAAGAGAAGUUGUUAGAUUACGAGAACAAAUAUUACCAUGUAACUGAGGAAUUGAAAGAGGCUAGAAAUUUGAACGAUGACAUGGAAAUCCACUACGAGGCUGCUCUAGAGUCCAGUGUGGAAUCGAUAAAAUUAAUCAAUCAGGAUUUGUUGGAUAAAGUUGACCAGUAUAAAGAAAAAGUGAAUAAAUAUUCCAAAGAGAUAAAAAAUCAACAAGAACUAAAAAGCGAUAUAAUGGAGCAACUGACUCACAGCAUCAAAAUGGUUAAAGAUGUCAGUUCAGAAAUAGAAAACAUCGAAGAAUAUUAUGCGAUAAAAAUGAAAGAUCUAGAGGAUGCUUUGCAAAAAAGCGAAUCUUCAAACAAAGAAAAAGACCAAAAAAUUGAAGAAUUUCAAGACCAAAUAGAAAAUCUAACAGAAACAAACAAAGAGGUAGUUGACAAAUGUCUUUAUUAUAAAUCCAAGGCUGAAGAACUGGAAACUGACGCCAAAGACAGCACAAAAACACGAAAAAAAUACAUCGAAAUCAGCGGCAAAUAUGAUGCGCUGUUACAAGAUUUCGAACAUUUGGACAUUGAAAAUCGCGACGAUAAAAUUAAAAUUUCCGGAAUGAAACUGAAACUGGAAAAAUUGUUAAAAAUCGAAGAGAGCUAUGAAAAGUUGAAGAAAGAUAAAGAAAGUUUGGAAAAUGAAAAUUUAAAAAUGAAAAAUAUAAUUGAAGAGCAAAAGUUGAAGAAAAAGUUCAAACUUGGCAGCAAAAAUAAGGAAAACAUCAACAGUCCCAACAGGUCUUUGCUGGAGAGUCCAAGCCGAGGAUCGCCUUUCAGAGAGAGAAAUUGAGUCUGUACUAUUUUUUGUUUUAUUUGGAUCAAUUUCGGAAUUGAUAGUUUGCUAUAAAAUGGACAUUAAUUGUUACCAUACUCCAAAAAAAAUUUAACUUGUAAUUAAACACUUUUGAAAUUUGUUCUAAGGCCCGGUUUAUUCAUCUUCAGAUAAACUUGCUGGUGUACUAUCUGCAAGAUAUAAUCGUAUUCGUUGGCGGAUAAUUGGGGAUUCAGUUUGAGUUUUUAUGCAUACCUGACAGUUUAUCAGAUGGUGAAUAAAUCGGCCUUAAGUAUAGUUAGUUGUAAGUUUCUAUAUGAACCAAAAGUAUUAGUAAAUAGUUUUCGUUACCAAAACCAUUCCAUUAAUAAUUGAGGACUGUUAUUUAUUUUAUUUUAGUAUUUGAAGUAGUUUUUAAGUUAUUUAUUUUUCAAAUAAAAAAAAAAUGUCAUUUGAGACAAAAAAAAAAACCCAAGUACUUAAGUAGUAAAUUAGUAUGUAGUGUUUUUCUCAUUUUGUUUGUAACUAUUUAGUUUAGAUUUGUUUUUGAGGGUAAAUAAUUUUUUUUUUUUUGGACUGGAAAAAAAAGGUAAAUAAAUCUGUUAGCUUCAAUAAUUUGUAUUUAAUUUACAAACUAAUCCAAACACUAUUAGUAAAUUUCAACCAAAUUCCAAUAUUUUAAAGGUAUCAUCAUUGCGAGAAAAAAAUUGAAAUGUAAAGAGGAUCGUAUGUCUGUGAUAGCAGAUAUUUUAUGUAGUCAUUUAUUUAGCACAAUAUACUAAUUCUAUGUUACAAUAUACCGGUUCCGUCUUAUUCUAAAAUCUAAAACAAAAUAUCAAAAUCACAUUACUUAUUAAAACUAACAAUCAUAGACUAUAGACUACAAAUCCAGUCAUCCUUACAAUAAAGUUAACAAUUUAAAAAACAAAAAUCAAUCCAAAUCAGAACAAUAAUUAACCAUCUCAAGGUACAUACAAAUUAUUUUCUCUCAGCAAAUGAACUUUCAGCUGUUUCUUAAAACUAUACAUUGAAUCACAUGUUUUUAUCACAGCGGGCAAUUUAUUGUAUAGAUCGACUCCCCUAAAAAAUAACGUAUUGUCGCAGCUUUGGGUUGCCUGCUGACAAAAUUCUUGGGUUCGUUGUUCGUUUCGUUUAUUCCAAAAAUCAAAGUCCAAUUAACACAGCAAUAAUUUAUUCCACUUAACAAAACACUCUGACACUAAUUACUUUAUUAACAAACUCAACAAUUCAACUCUUUACAAUCACUAUUUAAAUCGUAUCACACUCGAACUGAAACUAAACUACAAACCAAUGCCGGCCUUCUUAUAUAUCCCUAAAUCUAUUCCUGUAAAAUCUAGAAUACACGAUAAUAUUAUUUUCCCGAAUUAAGUAGAAUAAUUCACUAGAUUCUAGUAUACUCAAGAGAUAAUACCGAGAGAUUCUUGACAGCCUGGCGGACGUUUAGCUUAUUGUGACAGUAUUUUGACCACUUUUUAUUUUUUGGUGCUAUGAAAAAAUCGUUUUGCUGAUGUGUACUGUAGUUAUGGAUUUCAUUAUUAUAAAUUAUUUUAUCCAUUAAGUAUUGAGGGGCAUGACCAUUCUUUAUCUUGAAAAUAAAAACCAUAACACUGUACUUAAUAUAUUCAGAAACAGGCAACCAUUGCAAACGUUCUUGCAUAGAACGGAUUGAAGUGUAUCUGUUACAUCCCAAAAUCACCCUCAUUGCACGAUUCUGCAUUUUUUGUAUUCUUCCUAAUGUAUUCUGGUUUAACAAAAACAAAAUACUUGCACAAUAAUUAAUAUGUGGUAGUACAAGUGUAUUAUGUAUAACAAAUUUAGUCCAGAAACUCAAAUAUGGACUGCAUCUUGUUAGAUGACUAAUAUUGUAGCUCAAUUUGCUUGCAUCAAAGUACGUAGGUCCUGCUAUGC